CCACAUUCGUUUCCGCUCUUCUGAAAUACCCCAUGGGUCCAGCGAUCUCGACACAGCGCAAGCCCUAUGAACUCGACAACAACGACUUUUCAUGAGCCAGAAACCAACAUGGAAACAUGGAAAGAGAGACGGCGAUCGAGGCGCCAGAGGCACAUUGCCCAUUGCGUCGGUUCAGGCAGAAGGGUAACACUCGCCACGCUAGUGUUGAAAGAGAGUCUGAGGAGUUGGCUUAUUUUGUCUGGCGUGGCGCUUUGACCACCUAUCAUUCAAGAUAAACACCACCCCACGCGGACGACAACACCCUCGUCCAUAUGCGCGUCUAGUACGCUAGGCCAAUCAUGGGGGGCUGGAUCAGAAACGCCAGCAAAGACAGGAAUCGUCCGGCAACAGGGCUGCCCUCCCUCUCUCCGUAUCUCCGUCUCGUCGCUCUAAAACCACCCACAUGGCCGACCACCACGACGCCAGCCCGCGCAAGCGGAAACGAGCGCCCAUCGAGGAAUCGCAAUCCAAGAAGCCCAAGCUCAACCUUCCGCCACGACCACCGCGCACCAGGUUUCCUCUGACAAGAGACGCAUUACGGGAAUUGAACCGAAGGAACAAAGAGGCUGCUCGAUCGGCGCUGGACUCGAAGCCCAAACGACCCGGUUCCCCCGUUCCUCGACCCGCGGCUGCUGCCGACCUUCCUGCUCGCUCCGCCUCCGACCUCGAGCGCUUUGCCCGACACGGCGGCCCAGAUCUGUCGGACUUGAGAGGGUAUCACGUACCCGCAGUCAUACCCCCCAUGAGCUCAAGCGUUUCCACCCUGCGCCGGCGGGUACGAAGUUCAGGCCGAUCCAGAAGCAGGACUGCGACAGAUAGUGCAACAGGUACUACGCCUACGUCUACGAGCAGUGCCAGGUGUGGGCCGUACGAUCAUGCUUUUCAAGCACACCUCUUAAACUUUGACGUCUAUCUCCAUCCACAACGGGUCCGCCAACGUCUCCCAGCACCGGACAACCUGGAUGAAAUCAGGCGGGCGUUAGCACAAGGACCGCGGCGGUCCCUAUCUCCUUCGCGCUCUUUGCAUACCGAAUUCGAAGAGUUUGAGCUAGCACAUGCGUGCGCUACCAACGAGAGAAUGGUGACGGAGCAUGUGAUUCCCAAAAUUCAAGGCAAAAUUGGCGAUAUCAGGUGCAUGGGUAUGGAAGUACCCUUCAACAACCUUGACCACCUAACCGACGGCUCUAUCGCCGAUGCCAAACCCGAUUAUUACUACGGAGCCCUCUUGGAGCAGCUCGAUGAACGAGUCCGUACCGAACUUGCAGGCAGCAUCAUUCCUUCUACCCAGCUAGAGCAACCCAUACUACCCAACUUCUUUCUAGAAGUAAAAGGUCCUGUCGGCUCUGAAGUCAUAGUCCAGCGACAAGCAUGCUACAAUGGGGCGCUGGGGGCGAGGGGAAUGCAGCACUUGAUCUCGUACGGAGCAUCUGAACUCGUCUACGACAAUAAGGCCUACACCUUGACGUGUACCUAUCAGACUGGAACACUCAAGAUGUAUACCGCCCAUGUCAUGCCACCAGCCAAGUCAGGAGGACGCUCUAGGUAUGUAACGACAUUGGUCACUGGUUAUUCCCUCGAAGGCGGUCCAGAUAUGUACCGGGCAGCACUCACGGCAUACCGAAACGGGCGGGAUUGGGCAGAGCGGCAGAGGAACGAGGCAAUUGAGCAUGCCAACAUGAAGGCUCAAGUUGCUCUUGCGGGCGUCGGAACUGACGUGGGCGCGCCUGCUCCCCCGGAUAACGAUGACGGAACCCCGGGUCCCACUUCCCCGGGUAGCAAUAACGCAGCCUCGAGUGCUUCUCCUCCAAAUGUCGAUAACACAACCUCGGCUCCUCCUCCCUCGGACAACGACACAGAAACCUCGACCUCGAGCCCUCCUCCCCCGGGUGGUGGUGAUAACGGAACUUUGAGCUCCGCGACCAAUGAAGCUUCUGGGCUUAGGCCUCGACGUGAACGGGCCCGGGCCAGCCAGCAAGACAAGACUCCCACAACCCGGGUGACCCGGGGCUCCAAAUCCAGGAUAGCGUCUUCCCCUGCUAACCAGUCCGAUAGCUCGGUUAACAACUCUGUCUCUCCACGUCCUCCACUGGCGUCCAAGGUUAAUAAACGCCGCCGUAAAGGCUCGUUGAGAAGAUCUCGUAGAUAACAACGGCAAAUGCUACGCCGUUUCCAGGCUCUUGUUGAUGGCAAGGCCGGGCGUAUGCAGAGAUGAUGAAAAUGUUUCUUGCUAGAAACGACGGCCUUUGUGGCUUGACCGUGACCCAAUCCCUGCUUGUGAAAAAUGGAACUCCCUUGAUACACUGGAUACGUCUACAAGGAAAGUAGAGGUAGUUCCGGACGUGUUAGAGAAGGAGAGAGCAUAAAUUUUGGAAAGGAUAAAAGUAACUUUACGCAUAUUCUUCAAAAGCUCGAUACCCAGGAGUUAGGAGCAUUGGGCUGACGAGCUCCUGGGAGAGCUGAGUAUCUUGGAUUUGACAGCGGCGAUGUACUGUCAUGCAGUGGGAUGGAGAGGAGAAUGUGCCGUCAGACGUCCAAAAGGCCUUGAUCGGUCGGUCGAUGGAAAGGGGGCUACUACAAGAAAAACAAGCAGCUCCGUGCUUUUGCUACACCUACUU